UCAGGCACGCGAGACUAUUCGACCACUCAACUGGAUGCAAAAGCGACGCAACUGUAUCACACCUACCCAUACGUUCAUCUCAAUCAUUCACAAUGGGCGGCGGCGCGCAAUAUCCUUACCCUAAAGAAGUCUGGACUCCCUCUGGUGGCUGGUGGAGCCGACCCAGCAACUGGAAGGGCAACACAGCCAUCUGCAUUGUUGGUAUCACCAUCGCUACUUUUGGUGUCUGGAGACUCUCAGCGAACAGGGAGGAGAGGCACACCGCUCCCACUAGACCUAUCCCUUCACAAAUGUGGUCUCGGCAAGCACGAGAAAUUGGUGUUAAGCAGGAAUAGAGGAUGGGAUGCAUCAGGAUAUAAAACGUCUAGCUGGACACAAACGGAUAAUCUCUCAAGUUUUUGCCUUUCUGUGCCCAAAGAUUUGGGAAUCUUUGAAAGGAUGCUUCGGCCGAGACUGACGAUUAGGUGCAUCUGUGAUGGACAUUGA